AUGACCUCAACCUGCUCGCUGUUGCGAAGACGACCUGUGCCCGCGCUGUCGCUGUCGCUGCCGCUGUCCAAGAGACAGACGCUGCAGUCCCGGAUGGACCGAGCCAAUGACGCCUGGAGGAGCCGCGGCGUGCUCGAUGACGAUGACGAUGAUGCUGGUGACAGCCGCUCCGAGACCGAGGCCUGUCUGGUCGAGGAGAUCGAAACAGACGACGAGAAGCGAGCCGAGGCCCUCGCAGGCCUGCCUGUGUACAUGACAAUUCAUCGAGUCCGGAGAUUGAUCAUUGCCAGUAUACAAGAUGACGAAUUUUCUCGAGAACAACUAAAGGACCCCAGAGUCAACUCAGUUGUCGUGAGGCCCUUGGUGGAUAAGCUGUACGACCCCAGCAACAUUUCAACAGUCUACGCCCUGCUCGCCAACCGCGUGCAGUUCCUCCGCGAGCAGACGAGGACUCUAGAUCAGACCAUCAACCUCGCGAGGUCGACACUCUGCGAGCUUGCUGCCACCCAGUCGAAGGCUUUGAUCCCUUCCACCGGGCCCGACUGCUGUCCAGUCCGAGGCGCAAACUCAGUGCCUGUCCAGGACCAGACUGCUGACGACGACUGCGGCCGUCGCCUGACGGCCCUCGAGCUCGCCAUCGUCUCCGAGAGCAAGUCCUUCAUCAACUCUCCUGCCUGUCGCCGUGUUGUCAAUGCCGUCUACGAAGGCCGCAUCGUCUACACACCGAACUCCUUCAUCGACAUACUGCCCGACCGCUAUCAUGGCCACCAACCCAUCGCCCUCUACGACCCGCGCAAAGCCCCUGUGCUGAACCACCGCCGUCUCAUUGUGCCGCGAAACCGUAACGCCAUCGAAUUCGUCCACUUUGUCAUCCUCGUCGUUCUCUAUGUCCUCACCAUGACGUACCGCAACAGCCGCAACGAGACAUUUGAGCUGCUGUUCGUCGUCUGGACCACAGGCUGGGUCCUCGCUGAAUUCGCUGCCAUCAUCGAGCAUGGAUGGGAAGUCCACUCGCAGGCAUUGUGGUCCUUCCUCGACAUGUCCUUCACCUGUGUCUUCUUCGCCUACCUCCUCGGUCGCGUCUACGAUGCUUCGGUCGGGACGUUUCCCGAUGGUCUGGGACUCAAGCUUCUUUGCAUUGCAGCUCCUGUGCUGCUCACGCGUCUCGCCUUCAAUCUCAUGCCCGACAAUAUCGUCUUCAUCUCUCUGCAUGCCAUGAUGAAGGACUUUACGCUCCUCACCUUUCUUGCGCUCUGGUGCUUCACAGGCUUCCUACUCGCCAUGCAGUGGCUCAUCGACGCCAACGACAACAGCAGCGUGACACCGAGCUGGGCCACGACCGGCAAGUGGAUGCUCUGGAUCUGGUUCGGCCUCGACGGUACGGGCGUUGACCAGUCCGUCGACUUUCACCUCGUCCUCGGCCCGGCCCUCAUGAUCGCCUUUGCCUUUCUCGGCAAUACCCUCUUCCUGACCAUCCUCGUCGCCAUGUUGACGAACACCUUCUCCAAGAUUAUCGCCGACGAGGCAGCCGAGAUUCAGUUCCGCCGCACCGUCCUCACGUUCGAGGGCGUCAAGAGCGACGCCAUAUUCGCCUACCCACCCGCGUGCAACGUUCUCGCCCUCCUUGUGCUGCUGCUGCUCAAGAUGGUCGUCUCCCCGCGGCGCUUUCACGACGUGCACGUCGCGCUCGUGAGGACCGUCAACGCGCCGACGCUGCUGCUCAUCGCCCUCUACGAGAGGCGCUUCUUCGCCGCCCGCAGGCCGACCCAGGCCUGGCUCGUCAACUGGAGGCUGGCGGGGCUGUCGCCGCAGGGCGACGUCCAGGCCGUCUUCAAGAUGGCGCCGCCACCGGACGUGUGCGAUGCCAUUGAGAGGAUGGAUGUUGUGGACGAGUAUGCGGUGCCGGCGGGCAGCUCGGCACAGGGCGCCCUGCGGUGGAGGGCGAGGGGCGCGGACUCGAGCGAUCUCAAGGAUGCAUAA